AUGUCGGAAGAAUGCAUUGAAAACGCAGAAAGAAUAACAGUUGAAACUGAUUUGAUUGCUGGUAAUUUGAAUAAGGUCAAUUUGUUAAAUGAUAUUUUAAAGCCAAGAAAAGAACAAAAUUCUGUAUUCUUGAUAUUGAAUCAAAAAAUUAAAUUAUCCAAAAGACUUUUCGAACUCAUAUGGGACAGAUUCCAAAUCAAAAUCUGUGCAGAUGCUGGUGCCAAUAGACUAUAUCAUUACUUGAAAAGUGAAGAUGAUAGGGCGAGAUACGUACCGAAUUAUAUAAUUGGUGACUUCGACUCGAUAGAUGAAGCGGUGAAGGAUUUUUAUCUCAAGCAUGGUUGUGUAGCCAUUAAACAGACGACACAAUACUCAACAGACUUUAGCAAAUCUAUAAACUUGAUGUCAUUGCAUUUCAAUUCUCGAAAAUUCCAUGCAAUGCUAAAUAAAAAAUUAGAGAAUUUUGGUAUUCCUUUAGAAUCAGGUAUUCAUGAAUUAUAUGAUGCUAUACCCGUAGAAGAGAAGUCAUCUAUAAAUGUGCUGGCAAUAGGAGCAAUUGGCGGCCGUUUUGACCAAACAAUUCACUCCAUAUCACAAUUGUACACGCUAAAACAUUCUGAUCCAUAUUUCAAUUUAUACUAUCUGACGGAAAACGAUAUAAUAGUGCUUUUGCUCGGUGGAGCCAAUGUUAUUGAAUAUGAUAUGGGCUUUAGGAAUGAAUGCGUCGGAAACUGUGGUAUUUUACCCAUUGGCGAGCCCACAACUAUCAUCGAAAGCCAUGGAUUGAAAUGGGAUGUGAAAAAUUGGGAUACUAGUAUAUCAACAGGAAAAGUCAGCAGUAGUAACAGAUUUGUUGGGAUUGAUAGAUGUUAUGUGAAUGUGAAAGAUGAUAUGAUCAUGAAUAUCGAAGUAGAUUUGAUUAAGCUCCAAAAGUACAUUGAAUGA